AUGCGCGGAAGCCAAUACUAUCACAUAUCAAUGUCCGCUAUUUGUUAGAAUGAUAAACAAUUUGUUCACUAGCUAGAUCAAACUCUACAGGUCUAGAUCUAGAUAUCUAAAUGUAAAGCAAUAGCAUAUUCAUUUGUUAAACCACGAUAAUGCUUGACCCCUCUUCAAGUGAAGAGGAAUCUGAUAAUGGCGCUGUUGAAGAUGGGGAUGAAAAUAACUCAGAUGUUCUCAGUUUGCCUAGCGCUGAACAGAGAAGUUUGUCUGCUAGCGGAGAUAAUCUGAGUGUUGUUGGUGGACAUUCUCGUUCAAAUAGCAUUAGACCCUCUAGUCCCAGUCCAUCAUUAGUAAGUGACAGAGAUAAAAUAGAUGAUUUCGAUAAAAGUGAAAGAGAAGAAGAAGAAAGGAAAAGGAGGUUACAAUUAUAUGUUUUUGUGAUGCGCUGUAUUGCUUAUCCAUUCAAUGCAAAACAACCAACUGAUAUGGCAAGGAGACAAACUAAGGUAACAAAAGCUCAGUUGCAAACAAUUAAAGAACGUUUUCAUGCUUUCCUAAAUGGAGAAACACAAAUUGUAGCAGAUGAAGCAUUUACAAAUGCUGUUCAAAGCUAUUAUGAAGUUUUUUUAAAAAGUGAUAGAGUUGCAAACAUGGUUCGAAGUGGAGGAUGUUCUGCUAAUGAUUUUAGAGAAGUGUUUAAAAACAACAUAGAGAAAAGAGUAAGAAGUUUACCAGAAAUUGAUGGAUUAAGCAAAGAAACAGUCCUUAGCUCAUGGAUGGCUAAAUAUGAUGCAAUUUACCGUGGUGAUGAAGAUCCUAGAAAACAACCUCAAAGAAUAUCCACAGCAGCUUCAGAAUUAAUUCUAAGUAAAGAACAACUCUAUGAAAUGUUUCAGAACAUUUUAAAUGUCAAGAAGUAUGAACAUCAGAUACUUUACAAUGCAUGUCAGUUGGACAAUGCUGAUGAACAAGCAGCACAGGUCAGGCGUGAAUUAGAUGGCAGACUCCAUAAUGUUGAACAGAUGGCUAGGACCAGACGCCAUCCAAAAUUUGUUGUGAAAGAAAUGGAAAGUAUGUACUUAGAAGAACUGAAGUCUUCCAUCAAUAUUUUGAAAUCUAAUUUGGAAAGCUUGCCUGUUUCUAAAGGUGGCACUGAUUCAAAGUAUUCUUUGCAAAAGCUCAAAAGAUACAACAGGCCUGCUGCCCAAACUUCACCUACAAGAGCACAGCAUUCCUCUCUUUCCAAACUGGAUACUAAUGAAGACAACGAUCCAGGUCUGUCCAAGAUGGAUGUCGUACUCACCUUCACACUUGAGGUCCAUGUCAUUGAAGUCAAAGGUCUGAAAUCUCUUGCUCCCAAUAAAAUAGUUUACUGCACCAUGGAAGUGGAAGGUGGCGAGAAGUUGCAGACAGAUCAGGCAGAAGCAUCUAAACCUCAAUGGGACACGCAGGGUGAUUUUACAACCACUCAUCCACUUCCUGUUGUUAAAGUGAAGUUGUACACUGAAAGCUCAGGGAUGCUCAGUCUAGAAGAUAAAGAAUUGGGAAAAGUUGUUAUCAGACCAACAGCCAAUAGCUCAAGAACUCCUGAAUGGCACCAUAUGCACAAAACAAAAAAUUUUCCAGAUGAUUUAAGAAUAAAGAUUGCAGUGAGGAUAGAUAAACCACAAAAUAUGAAACACUGCGGGUAUUUGUAUGCACUGGGAAAAACAAUUUGGAAAAAAUGGAAAAAACGUUACUUUGUUCUUGUGCAGGUAUCUCAAUACACAUUUGCAAUGUGCUCAUAUAGAGAAAAAAAACCUGACCCAACAGAAAUGAUGCAAUUAGAAGGUUUUACUGUUGAUUACUGUGAGCCACUUCAAGAUCUAGAUGGAGGAAAGUACUUCUUCAAUUUGGUCAAGGAAGGUGACAGCUUAAACUUUGCAACAGAAGAUGAAUCUGAGCGCACCUUAUGGGUACAGGCCAUUUACAGAGCUACUGGACAGACACAUAAACCAGUGCCUCCUGUUGUGCAGACAAACAAGAUUUCUAACACACAAAUCUCUCGAAUGCAAGGAGACAGCCAAACAGAUUUAAAAAAUGCAGACAGGGCACGUAAACAUGGGCUGGAUGAAUUUGUUCUGGCAAAUCCCUGUAAUUUUGAACAUCAUGAGUUGUUUAGCAUUCUUCAGACAUUGACUUUAGACUAUAGACUUAAUGAUGCUUACACAUGUCUGGGUUGGUUCAGCCCAGGGCAAGUAUUUGUUCUAGAUGAAUACUGUUCUCGCUAUGGUGUGCGAGGUUGUCACAGACAUCUAUGCUAUUUAAAUGACCUCCUAGAAAGAGCUGAGAAAGGAAUUCUUAUUGACCCAACUCUUAUACAUUAUAGCUUUGCCUUUUGUGCCUCACAUGUCCAUGGAAACAGGCCUGAUGGUAUAGGCACAGUUUUGCAAGCAGAGAGAACGACAUUUGAUGAAAUAAAAGAAAGAUUGAGGAUACUUCUGGAGAAUCAGAUCACACAUUUUAGAUAUUGUUUUCCCUUUGGACGUCCAGAAGGUGCUUUGAAAGCAACAUUGUCGCUUUUAGAAAGGGUUUUAAUGAAAGAUAUAGUCACACCAGUUCCACCUGAAGAAGUACGACAGGUCAUUAAAAAAUGUUUGGAAAACGCGGCUCUAGUGAAUUAUACCAGAAUUUCUGAAUAUGCAAAAAUAGAAGAAGUACUAGGGGAUGAUGUACCACCCAAGAAGAAGUUAGAUGACAUUAUGCACUUGGCUGAGCUGUGUAUAGAAGUGCUCCAACAGAAUGAAGAGCAUCAUGCAGAGGCAUUUGCAUCGGCAUUUGCUUGGUUCAGUGACUUGCUUGUUGAACAUGCUGAGAUUUUUUGGUCACUGUUUGGAGUAGACAUGAAUUCUGUUCUGGACGCCCAGCCUCCAGACACCUGGGACAGCUUCCCUUUGUUUCAAUUGCUGAAUGAUUAUCUUAGAACUGAUGAGAAUUUGUGUAACGGAAGCUUCCAUCAGCAGUUGAGAGAUGUCUUUGCUCCGCAAGUUGUCCGCUAUGUGGACCUUAUGGAAUCUUCUAUUGCUCAGUCUAUCCACAAAGGGUUUGAAAGAGAAAAAUGGGAUCCCCAGGGAAAUGGUUGUUCCACAUCUGAGGAUAUGCUUUGGAAGCUGGAUGCAUUGCAGUCUUUUAUCAGAGACUUACACUGGCCAGAAGAAGUUUUUGCUGAACAUUUGGACCAUCGGCUCAAGUUGAUGGCAGCUGAUAUGAUUGAGGCAGCAGCAAAAAGAACCUUGAAGUGCUUUGAAAUCUGGCUGAGGAAAGGAGGUAAAAGUACCGACUAUCUUGUGUUUACUGAAGUCUGCACCAUGAUGAAUGUAAUCAUUGACUGCAAGAACAAGGCCCUUCAUUUGUGUGCACUAGACCAUGGGCAAAAUAUGCAUCAGUAUCAUACUAAAAUAGAUGAAUCUUUGGAAAGGGCUCAAAUAGAGAUGGCAAGAUGUCUUAUUGAAAAGCUUCUGUCAGUUCUAGAGAGUAUAUUGAGUAAACUGGCUCGUUAUGAUGAGGGAACCUUUUUUGCUUCAAUUUUGUCCUUGACAAAACCUGUGAAUGAACUGGGCAAAGCUUAUGUUGACUUCAUGAGAGGCAAUCUGGAUCAGAUGAGGAAUAAAAUCAAUGAUGAACUGUACACCCUGUCUUUAUUUGAGCAAUGGUACAGUGGCCAGAUGAAGAUGGUUUGUGAUUGGUUGACUGACAGACUAGAUCUCUCAUUACACCCAUACCAGUUAACAUGCCUCAUGACAAUUAACAGAAAAUGUUUCUCUGACUUUGAAUUGCAAGGAGUUCCUGAAAACUCUCUUAACAGUAAAACUUACCAGACAAUAUGCAGUAGACUACAGGUGGAGGAGGCCACUCAGUCAGUCACACAAUCAGAAAACAGUGGAAGAACAUUUCUGAGUAAACCAGCUAGUUCCUCAGCUGUAAGUGGUGACGAUUCUGAUUAAAGCAUCUGCUCCAUCUUGUGUGAUUUUCUACAAACAGUGAUAUCUUUUUAUGAUACUACCUUCAAUUAUGCAGGUCUUUGUGUGUGCGUGGAUGUGUGUUUUUAGUGAAAAAUGUUUACCAUUGCGUUAGUGUGGCAUUGUUUUUUUUUUUGUGUUUUUUUUUUUAACUUUAGCUUGUUAAUCCUUGGAUUGCUUUUUUAUCUUUAAAUGUUGAAUUUUUUAAGUGAAAAAUAUUUGGAACAUUUCAGACAAACUCCUAUCAAAGAAAAGAAUUUUUAAACUUUCUUCAAUCUCAAAGCUUAUUAGAAAAAAAUGCACAUUAUUUGUAUAUUUAUUUACUUUAGAGUUUUGAUGUUCUAAUGGAUAUUGAACAUCACCUCUGACUGACAUUAAUGAACACCUGAGGUUAUAUUUGUAGAAAAAAAAAUCUCAAGUGUCAAUUUGUUGAUAUUAUUAGCACUUUUUUUUCCUGAAUAGUUGAACUGUUUCACUGCUUUAAGCUUAAACAAUCCAAUCUAACAAAAGCCUACAGAAUGUCACAUGUCAUAUAGGCCUAGUACAGUGGUGGUUGGCUUACCUGGAUAGAUUCAUUCUAAAGGGGUAAAAAGAAAUUAUUGUGAGUAAUGGAAACUAAAAGAAAGUAUUUCAUCUACUUUAUAGGUUCAAAAGCAUUACACAAUUAUUAACUUGGCUAUGACACAUUUGUCAGUUGUCUAAAGUGUUUAUAAAUUCUUUUUCAAUUCAUUAAUUCAUUUCAAAGUCGAGUAAAUUUAGUCCCACAUUUAUCACAUAAAAGUGAAGUGUAUCUGAUUCUGGAAAUGUUUGAAACAAAACGUAUAACUACUUUCUCAUAAAAUAAGUAUUUAUUGUUUUCUUUCACAACUAAUAAAAAAUAGCAAACAGUAUUUUGCCUGAAAUAAAUUGAAAUUGGGGUUUAAAACAUUUCUUUUUUAGACUGAACUUAAAACAAAACAAAAAAUUGUGGCUUUGAUUUUAAAGGAAUGUUUUUGAUAAAUUAAAAAAAAUAGCCAAUGGAUUUUUGCCAACCUGAAACAGCUUUUCCAAUAAAUUUUCUUUAGAAGCUUUCUUUCAAUUAUUAUCAUUAUAUUCAUUUUAUAAUUACUGAGAUUUCAGUCAAAUGGGAAGAACAUCUAGCUGUACAUGCAGUUUUUAAUUCUUCUUUAAAUUAUAAUAAUAAUAAGUGUAAAAUUUAAAAAUAUUUUUAAUGGCUGAAUACAUUUAAAUAUGUAGAUUACAGAAUAAAUUUAUUAAUUAUUGUGUUUAGUAAAAUGUGAUUUUUUCUUUAAUGCUGCUGCAAAGCCUUAAAAUCUCUCUCAGUAUUUGCCAUCACUUUUACCUGGAUUUUAGCUUCAGCCAUUUGGUCCACUGUUACCAUAAAUUGUAAAAGUUUCUUCCACUCACAAAAAACAAUUUUAAUUCACAACUAUUUUCAGGACUAAAAAUGUAAAACUAGAAGGCAGGACUUCUUUCAAAACAAAUAUGACAUUAUUGGAUUGAACAGAAAAGAAACCAAAAUUAAUUCUCAUCUGAACCCUUUUUUUUUUUUGGGAGAGAUACAUUGUUGAUUCAAUAGUAAACAUUAUUUCAUAUUCCUUUCUAUAGUGUAAGGUAUUUGAUAUAGACUAAGACUAAGACUGCUUUAUUGAUCCUUUGGAAAUUUGUUGUGAUUACAAGGAUUCUUUUAGCGUAUAAAGACAACACAACAGAAACAUGCACAUAAACACAACUUUAAGUGUAACUAAAUAGUGUAAAUAUUAACAUUAGUUUAGUUUAGAUAAAGAGUUAGUAUGACAUGAUUAAAGAUCAUUGCUCUUUUGGUUGUUAUUUACAUUUUUUUUUAUACUGGUAUGUUGAAUCCAUUUUCUUUUGUAGUAGUAUUGAAGCUUGUACAGUUUAUUUCUUGCCAGUUGUACUCUUUCAGAUACAAAUGUUUCUCUGUGCAAUACUUUUGUCUGUUUUAUCUUAUGUGAUACUUUGUGAUAUCUUGUAUUUAAAGAAACUCUUAUGUAUGUACUAUAGAAUGGUGCAGCCAUAGAUCAUUUCUAAACUUUGUACAACGAAUGUAAGAAAGAAAAAGAAACAACUAAAAAAAAACUUUACAUUUAUGAAUAAUGGAAUGUUAUAGCCAAUUAUAAACAGAAAAUUAUGACUGAAAUACAUGGUGAAAUGUAUGAAUGAAACAGACUUACAAAAAUUAUUUCUAAAUAGCUACUACUUAGCUACUUAAAUUUACCACAACUCUCUAAAUUCAUAGAAUUAAAACCAGUGAGAAGCUGAUGCCUGCCUCCCUUCAGUGAUGAAUAUAGCUAAUUUUUCGAACUUAUCUCAAAGAAUUUUGUGUGAUAACUGGACCAACACCCUGUACAGCAGUGCUGAACAACUGAAGAGAACAACACACUAUUUUUCCUUGGCACAGUCUGCUAAAAGCUGGCUAGAAGAAGAAGUGUGAUAACUGGAUAGGGAUGUGCCCCAUUUUCAUACAUGCAAAGCUGUUUCUUAUUGGUUGUCUUUCUUAGAUUCGUUUUACUUGCAAACCUUGUUACUUACUGGUUGACAUUUUAGAUAGUUUGGAUUUUUAUACCGGUAAUUGUAAAAAUGUAGACAUGAAAAUUUUUUAAAAAAUUUGUCUUUUUUAUACUACAAACUCUAAAAGCACUAUGUUCUUGGAAACAUGAUACAAAUUGUUUUGUUAAAAGAUGCCAAAAUAAUGUUUUGAUUCACCUAUAUUAAUUUACAUUUUAAAAUUAUUUUUUUUAAGCUUGUUAGAUUAUUUUUAAACUAUACUUUUUUAUAGUCCAAACUUGCUUGUAUCCAAUUAUUUUUAGAGAGUGUUGCAUUCAUUAUUUAAUCAAUGUGUUCAAUGUUUUCAAAGAUGAAGUUUGUGUGCCUUUUGGCCCUGCUACAAACUUUUUCAAAAGAUUGGAACCAAUCUUCCAGCAGCUCUUAGUAGCUUAUAUGCCAAUGUAAUUUUUCUUUGUCUAGACCAACUUUGAACUUCUUGAAUACAGAUGUGAAAAAAAGAUUGGGACCAAUUGACCAGCAGCUCUUUGUGAGCCAUAUAUACCAGUUUGAUUUCUUUGUCUAGACCAACUUUGAACUACUUCAAUAGUUUAUUGCCAUUAUUUUUUGUUCUCAUGAGAUGCCAACAAUCUACAUGCACUAAAUUUUUAAAGAAUGAACUAUUUGCAUAGUUUUACUUAAAUUUAAGUUAAUUAAUGCUGAUAAUAGCAAUGUUUGGGUAAGUACAUUUUUUUUUAAAUACCUGUACUGUAAUACAGCAGUUAUUCAUUUGUGGAUUACUUAACAAUAAUUAGAACAUAGAUGGUCAAUGUUAAUUUUAAUGACAUAUUUUUUUUCUUGAUGAUAUAUGUGAUUAUCUAGUGGUUCUAAACUUUUGAUCAAUUGAGGACCACUUAUAUAAGAGAAAAACCCUGCUAAAAUAAAUCAUGCUAAUGGUGCAUUGUGAUGUUUAAAUGUAUUGCUUGGCUGAGCCACUAGUUAAGACUUUAAAGAAAGGAGGAUGGGGUGUUUUUUUUUUACUAGUUGAUGUUCAGCUCUAAUGUAUUUUCCUCAACUCUGUAUGUGUGUGUAUAUUAGCAUGAUACAAAGUUGUGUCAAUAUUAGCUCAAUAUGUUGAUAUGUUAGACUACUACUGACUGUUCAUGUCAUUGAAGCACCAAUGUAAACAUGCCCUUAUUGUUCAUGGCCUAGCACAUCUCACACAUCAUGAUCUAUUUAGCUAGGAACUGUGUGGUUUAGGUUAGUAACUAGCAAUGUUUUCAUGAUCUAUUCUGAAACUGUUACAAUGUUCCUGUUUACACUUUGGCUAUUUGUUUCUCCUUGUUAUUUCAUUCCUGCUUCAUGACUUGUCAUUUGGUUUGCAUUGUUCACAUGGAGCACUGUAUAUUAUAUAUAUAUAUAUAUAUAUAUAUAUAUAUAUAUAUAUAUAUAUAUAACUACCUACAACUAGGUCACAUCCAUUACUUGACUGUACAGUUCUAUCAUUCAUUCAGUCUCUCUUUACAAUUUGUUUGCCCAUUUUUACAUUAGUUGAUUUCUCUUGACGGUUGUGGUGGUGUUUUUUCCUUCACUAUUUUGAACUAUUUCAGGAGGAGUGCCUGUAAAGUGUGUUUAAAGACAAUCUACAUUAUUUGGGGAGGUAAUGGCUUCAAUGGUUAUAGAACUCAUGCUUACCCACCUGUGUGGUAGAUUGUGCAUGUAGCGACAGUUACAUCAUGGGGCGAUCACAAGUUUGGAGUCACCUAAUUUUAUCCUUAUGCAAAUCUAUUAGACAAAUGUGCAAUAAUUUUUUUCUGUCCUCACUUUCCUCUCUAGUCAGCACCAGAGUAUUACAUAACAGUGAGAACUGAAUUAGUUUACUUUGUUUCCAUUUUACUUACAUGAUUAGAUAAGGACUGGCCUUGAACUUUCUGAUUAGGUACAAUUUCUUCCUUUCUGCUGUUUACAGUGUUCUAUUUAUGAUGUUCUUUUUUCUAUUGAUGUUAUAGUUGGAUACUGUGUACUAAUUUACCCUGGAGAAAAUAUUUUCAUCUUUUUUCCCCCUUCUUUAUUACAAUUGUAUCCUCAUGUGACACUGUUUUAAUACUUUGAGGUUGAAUUAGGAAUAAAGGUGUCAUUUUAUACAGC